UCCAUCGGUACUUGUUCCUUGUUGUGGCUGCGCGAUACACAUUCUAGCCAUGAAAUUUCAUUUCGUUCUCGUGGGAACUGUGUGCCUGUUUUGCGGAAUACAAGCCCAGACUCUUGACACCACCGUUGCAAAUGCCAUAAGUACUUCCAAGUUCAACAUGGCCACUACAAUCCAGCAGGUUAACAACACAAUCAACAGUGCCGACCAGAUAGUUUUGACAGCAUGGAACCAAUACGGUCAAUCCAUGGUAGACCUCUACAACUCGUAUUACACCCGCUUCUCCGUUUACACUACAAUUGAUUUGAGUUACUUCGCGAACGCCAUCACCAAUAUACAGAACACCAUUAGCUAUCCUCCUAUGCUAAUCCAAGACCCACAGGUCAGUUAUGCAUUCUCAAACGUCCAAGCUAGCGCUCAACAGGUUGAAGAUACUCUCACUACAGCGGCUGCCAGCAUUACCAACGCAGCUUGCGUUUCUCCUUGCACCAGCAAAAAAUUAGCCUCCUGCACAACUAAACACGGUGCUAAAUUGACCGCUGAUCCAAUUACUAUGGACCGUGUGACAGAUUGCAUCGCUGCAGAAAAAUCCCGAUACGCCAAAAUCGGUACGGAUAUGGCAUCGCAAUACAGCAAUGUGCUCACGAGCGCUGUCAAUUACCUUGCGGUGGUGAACGUCUGUGACACUCCGGCACCGGAAGCUUUGAUCAAUGCAUCUGCGAAUUAUGGACCUCCAUCGACGCAAUGUCUGGAAAACUUCCUCCAAAGAUUGAAUGGCGUACCAAUGAACACCUACGUCGCCGACUCCAUGCGAUUCCCUCAGACUCAAUUGGUUAGCUACCGAAUGGAGCGUUGCGCUAAACUUGUGGCGUUGGAUAUCGCGGAUCGUGUCGCCAAAGUGUUGGGUGACUUCAACAGUUGUUUGGGAUAAUAUUUUUAUGAAGUAAUAAUCGAAAAAAAAUGUAAUGAUAAUUCGAAGUCAGAGAACCCUCAUAAAUAAAUAAAUAAAACGUAUCGUGGGAGACUAACUACCCUUGA